GUUGAUAUCAAAAGAGACGAGAACAAAGUACUUUUGAUCCCCAUUGACGCCGUCGCCAUGGUUGCUGAGGAGCAAACGACCUUUAUCCCGGCCAAGCGCCCAAAUACUGACUACCCUCUCAUUGACUCAGAUCCCCACUGGAGACGAGCAUUUGCCUAUUCGCGACGGGAAGAUUGGUUGGAAGGCGCUGGGCUGGCCGCCUUUGCACCAGCAUUUCUCCUACUCACCGAACGCUACGCCCCCUCUUUCUCUGGCAAAGGUGCCUUUCCUCCCGUGUUCAGACUAGGCGUGGGAAUUGGAAUCUUGGGUGGAAUUGGUUUGGUCUAUCAAAAGAGUUGCUUGCGACUAUACGGAUGGACCGAAAACGAGCGAGAACAACAAAUGGAUAUGAGGGAAAUGGUCGACAAAGUUAAGAAGGGAGAGCCACUAUAUGGAGCGAGCGACCUGACUCCAUAUCACCAAGGUAUCGCUGCAAGAAACAGCAGAUACUCGGCACUGUUAUUUCACAUUGUGCCAUGGGCCAAUUUUGUCAAUCACAACCAGCACGGCGUGGAUACUGCCAAAUACUACCAGCAAGCAGAGCGAGAACUAGAAGCAGAAAGACUAGGAAAGGCGACUCGAUGAAAACGACAAGACGGCGAAGGAGCUGCGGAAACAUCAGAUACAAAGGCAUCCAGACGGUUGGAUGCUUCGCAGGGAUUUGUACAUAGAAAAGGAUGGCUGAUCAAACCUGGUAUCAACAGUGAGCCUGGGAGGUUCACGAAAUGCACUUGACACAAACGCUUCUCGAACACCAUGUGAUGUCAGUGCCACGGAUUGCUGCCAGAUAUUGAUCACUGAAUGCCGUGGUGAUAUGCCCAGAUCACAGGGUACAAUACACAAAAGGAGACAUGUCAUGCGUGGUUGUGGUUGUUAGUCGGCACCCUGCAUGAGGUGCGACAUGACAUUGUCCAGGACGGUGAGCAAUCAGACUGCCCGUUGUCCAUUGUGCUAUUUUCUCAAUGACCAUUCAUCUGUCCCUUCUAUGAGUUUCUCAGGCU